AUGCUAUCAAAUAAUUUAGCAAUUGCCAGUCUAUCCCUGGGCCAAAACCCUUCUCAUUCCCUCGAUCACAAAAUUCGGGCCACUGCCGAAGCCGGAUACAAAGGCAUUGAAAUUGUCUAUUUUGAGCUGGAGACAUUCUCUCACUCGCAAAAAUUGACAAUUUUUGAAGGAGCCGAUAAAAUUCGUGCGCUAUGUCGAGCGCUACACUUGGAGAUCCUUGCUUUGGCACCUUUCGAAAACUAUGAAGGGGACCGAUCUCCCCUUGGCGACAGGCUACGCAAAGCCACCCAUUGGAUUGACGUUACCCGAGCCCUGCGCGCCACAUAUUUGCAAAUUCCAUCCAAUUACAACCCAGACGCCAUCGGCGACAAGGAUGUGGUUAUUAGUGAACUACAACAGUUAGCUGAUAUCGGAAGCGCCAAACAGCCGAUAAUUUCCAUUGCAUUCGAGUAUUUGUCCUGGGGAACACACUGCUCUACAUGGGAGACGGCUCUUCAAUAUGUCAACGAUGUCGGUCGAGAAAAUUUUGGCCUGUGCCUGGACACCUUUCACGAAGCCACGAAGCUAUGGGGUGACCUUUUUUCCCCAUCGGGCCAAUUCCCUGACUCGGAUAAAACACUCCGAAAAUCGCUGGACUCCUUUAUUGAAGAGCUGCCGGUCGAAAAGAUAUUCUUUCUACAACUAUCCGAUGGCGAAAGGUUCGACCCACCCUUCUCUGAAGAUCACCCAUGGUAUGUCAAAGGGGAGUCACCGCAAUUUACAUGGUCCAAGCAUGCACGACCUUUUCCCUUUGAGAGUGAUCUCGGUGCCUAUUUACCUGUUGCCGAGAUUGCCAAGGCCUGGAUCUUGGACAAAGGUUUCAAAGGCUGGGUAUCGCUUGAGAUAUUUGACCGACGCAUGCGGGAUGGAAGCAGUCGACCGGAAGAUGCUGCAAUGAGGGGAAUAAAGUCAUGGAGGACCCUUGAACAAAAGCUUGUGCCUGAAUUGGGGAGCACACAGUGA